AAUGGUGAUAGUUUAAGAUAUUUUUAACCCAAGUCUUUUAGCCUUCCCCUUGUUUUCUUCUUCAGAAAAUUGAGGCUAAUUCUUUUCCACUCACUGUGUGUAUAUGUGUUUCUAUGUCGCGUCGAACUUGAGAUGUGAAAAUUGGGGGUCUUUAGUUUUCUCUGUGUGAAUAGAAUCUAUAAAUAUUGUUUUUCACUUACAUUCUUCUUCGUAAUUGUUAAGGAAAUGAUCAAAUGGUUCAAUAUAACCUAUUACAGUUUGAAUAGAAGAUUUGAACACAAAAAUAUUUCCUAUGUUGAUUUGGCAUUGUGAAUAGCCGCUCUGUCUUGAUAGUUUAGAGAUUCCUUACUUCGUGUUGUUGUCUAGUUACUACAUGUUCGUGGUGAUUAUUGUUGGAAGUGUUCCUUUCGUUCUUAUGUUGAUUUGACUAUAUGAAUAGUUGUUAUGUCCAGAUAACUUGGAGGUACCUUAUUUCAUACUAUUGCUUAUUUUCUACAGCUUCUCAGUUAUCAUUGUUAUAUGAUGCCUCCUAAGGCAAGAAAGCUUCGUCGAAGUCUAGUUCCCGAUGCCCUUAGCUACCUCCCUGAUAAUAUAAUUGAUGUCAUUCUGAUGUGUUUGCCUUCUAAAGAUGCUGUGAGAACAAGCAUCUUAUCAAAGAAAUGGAGGUAUCACUGGUGUCGACUUACAAAGUUGGAGCUUGAUGAAUCUCUUUGGAUAACAAAGAAGGAUUUACUGAACCCUACAAUAAAAUUUAGAAAGAUUUUGUACCAGUUUUUGAGCCUUCAUGAAGGACCAAUUACUAAGUUUACCCUUGAUGUUGUUCAUCUAGCAAGCUGUCCUGAGAUCGACAACUUCAUAUAUUUCCUCUCGAGGAAUGACAUUCAACAUCUUGCACUUCACCUUCCACUUAGAAAGGAAUACAAAUUGCCUUCCUUACUUUUCGCAUGUUCACAGCUGAGGCAUCUAAGUCUUUGUUAUUGCUCAAUACAACAUCCAUCAGCCUUUCAAGGAUUUGAUAAGUUAAUUAGCCUGAAUUUAUGUGAAGUCAAUAUUUCUUCUGAGUUACUGGAAAGUUUAAUAUCUCAUUGCCCGUUGCUUGAGGAGUUGGAGCUGGAUAUCGCAAACAAGUCAGACACAAUUGAAAUUAAUGCCCCCAUGUUGAGGUCGUUCGAUCUCUCAGGCAAUAUGAGUUGUGUCUGCCUAAAGAAUGUCCCUCGUCUGGUAAAAGUAUUGCUGUAUGGUGACUAUAUUAAAGCAGAGGAUCUUGAUUUUGCAAAGCUUUUCGAGUGUUGUCCUGCUCUCGAGCACCUUCUCUUUUUCUCCCUUGGUUCCGAGUUCUCUGCUGGAGCAGGAUAUGAAGCACCAACAAGACUUCCGUUUAAUCUUAACAGCGUCAAACGAUUUUACCUGCCUGACAUUAUGCUGGUGGAAUCAUAUAAGCUCUCAUAUGCUCUUUGCUUGAUAAGAAGUUUCCCGUAUUUAGAAUAUCUCGAAAUACAGAUUCAUGAAUGUGGAUUUGACUAUGAAGAUGAAGAUGAUGAACCUAUUCCAGAACCCCUUGAGCUCAAACAUUUAUGGGACGUGACAUUUAAUCACCUCAAGGAAGUUAAGCUAGGCUACUUAUCAGGAACAACGUCUGAGUUGCUGCUUAUCAAAUUUUUGUUAGCCGAGUCCCCAGUGUUGGAGAGAAUGCUAAUCGAUCGACAGUAUCUUGAUCAUGAACAGCUCGACACAAGAUUACAAAUAUUCGCAGAGAUAUCAAAUUUUUCGCGGUCAUCACCUAAAGCAGAAGUUGUCUACAUAGAUUUAGGCGGAUCUUUGGCUUAGAAGUUAAAAGACUGAAAAGAGAAACAAACGUGAUGUAGUAGUAUGACAUACUUGUUUAUUUCUC